ACAUCCUAUAUACUCACUCCGGAAACGAUGCUGUCAAUUCCACUGAAGAAAACUGAUCCGGUGGAGCUGUACCUGCCCUUACGUAAGUUGGUAGCCUCAAAAUACUCCGAGAGCGAUGCACAAAAAGUUGAAAGCGUUCUGGAAACCCUAAACAAAUGCCGCAGGGACAUGGUGGAGCGCAGAGGGGACCUCUCCCUUCCCAUGCAACGUGACUGCCUCCUCCACUACUUCCAAUGUCUUUGCAUGGUUGAGCCACUAUUCACCUCUCUCUCCUCCGACGCCGAUCCCAUCAUCUUUGUCUGGUACGACGCCAUCAACCCUGAGCAUGAGGAAGGGGUCUCCUCCGAGCGCAACGCCAUCCAAUUGGAGAAGGCCGCUGCUCUUCAACCUUGGAGCCAUCUACAGCCAGAUUGCUGCCUCUUGCGACCGUACCACCGCCCUUGGCCGUCAUCUUGCAAUGGAAUCCUUCAAAGUCGCCGCCAAUUUCUUCUUCAAACUCUGGCAGGUUUUUGCCAAGCAUGUGGUCUCCGCCACCCUCGAUUUGACUGUCCACUUCGCGGAGUUUCUGCACCACCUCUUCUCCGCUCAGGCUUUCGAGCUCGAAUUACGGCAACAACUCAACAACAACCACGCCAGUUACGCUCUCCAACGACACCGAUGUGCCCCAUUGUUUAGCCCGGUUUGUUGGUUUUAUCUUAAAGCAAAUUGUCUGAUAUUUGCGGUUUUGGGUGUGGCUGGACGGAAACAUGACUACCGUUUUGACCAAGGCAAAACCUGGGUAACUCAUCUUUCCCAGAAGUUGGACUUCUUUAAGGCGGAGGCGAAUAAGGCUUUUCGUGUGAGGGAAUCAUCCAUCCUACCCAGAUACUUGCUACCUGAAGUAUACUCAUCGGUCAAUUCUUGUGCUCUUGAUCAUGAUGCAGAAUGUGUCACUGAGAUAGUAGUGAGAGGGAUUUGCAGAAAACCCAACCUACAACAAAUAUACCUUGACCUCCUCCUCUCCGAGUUCAAUCCUUUCAAGAUUGUCAAGGAUGGAAAGCUGGUGGCUAACCCAUGGGACAUGCCUCCUCCUUAUCCAACAAAUUCCGCAAUCCUCUCAUCUUCGCCGUCUCCGUGGUUUUCAGAUAUUCUUCAAUACCUUCCUUUGAAGAAGAGUGAGCACUUGAAUCUCUACGAGUCCCUGCGCAAUUACUUUGUCCUCAAAUACUCUGAGAGCGUGGCAAAGAAAGUAGAAGGCCUUCUCGAAAUGCUACGCAAAUUGUGCAAUCAGAUGCUGCGUGAUGAGCUUUCUCUACCCUUUCACCGUGACUGCCUCAUCCGUUAUUUCAAAUGCCUUUGCAUGAUUGAGCCUUUCUUCCCUAUGAAUGCCUCACCCAACCCACCUAUCUUUGUUUGGUACAAUGCCAUCAGCCCGCAACAGCACUCUUCUCAGCAUAACAUCCAUUUGGAGAAGGCCUCUGUUCUCUUCAACCUGGUAGCCCUCUGCACCCGCAUUGCUCUCUCCUGCAAGCUCACCACCAUCCAAGGCCAACGCCUUGCCAUGGACGCCUUAAAUGAUGCUUCAAAUUGGUUCUCUCUACUGAGGUUUGAGUCUAAGAAGGCAUCUGGCACGAUUGACUUGUCAGAACCAUACACCACUAUGAUAGGAAAUGAGAUUUCCAACUUGAAAUUGAAGUUUCCUCAUUCCCAAUCUGAUGAAUCAUCAUUACCUGGAUAUCCUGCUUCAGCUUAUGCUUGGUCGAUAUUUGGGCUUUUAGGUGAGAAUGUUGAGUGGAAGAUGGAAACCUGCCAUGAUGAAACGGAUCCGAAUGAUGUCACCGAACAAUUUAUUUUAGGGUAUUGUAAGUCUCACUCCCUGCUUCAAGUGGUUUGUCAACUACGAUGUUUGGACCUUCUCUCUGAGGUUAGCCCUGUCAUGGCUAAGGAUGGAAAUCUUGUGGCCAAUGCAACCUUAGAGGGACUAAAUUUGGCAUUGGAGAACAUGAGCUUGCAGGAGACACCACAGUAACAUUACCGAGAAAAACUAAACAAGCUUUAGGAAUUACCUUGUUUUCUUUUUUAAAUUGGAUGUUGGAACUUUGUAUUUUGAUGCUAGAACUCUUCUUGUGAAAUAUUAUCCUAGUGAUUUUGUUUGUUGAUGUA